CAAAUUUACAGUUCAUUUCUCUCUCUUUCUCUCUCCUCUGUCCCAACCUUUUGCUGCCGUUAGUGAUAAGCACGCUUGGCAACUCAUCAUUCCCUCCAACCCGCCUCCUCACUUUUCUCUCCUUCUCUCUCUUCUUUCUCUCUCUAGACUGCUGUUCUCUUUCUUCAAACCCCACUUUCCUUUGUUUCCAACCUUUUUGCCAGCAACUUUGAUUCGGUGAAGAUCGAGCUUAAUUUCCUGUAAAUACGGUUUUUCAAUUGGAUCUGUUGAUUCAUUUUGAGUCUACUUCAGAUUAAUUUCCUCAGCUGAAGUUGCAGAGUUAACGGAGAAAGUUUUAGUAUGGCUGUUUCAAUGAGAGAUUUGGACCCAGCUUUCCAGGGAGCUGGACAAAAGGCCGGAAUCGACAUAUGGCGCAUUGAGAACUUUCGGCCUGUACCAGUUCCAAAGUCCUCUCAUGGAAAAUUUUUUACCGGGGACUCCUAUGUGAUCCUGAAUACAACUGCUUUAAAGAGUGGUGCCUUACGUAAUGAUAUCCAUUAUUGGCUUGGCAAAGAUACCAGUCAGGAUGAAGCUGGUACUGCAGCCGUCAAAACUGUUGAACUGGAUGCAGCUCUUGGAGGCCGUGCUGUACAGUAUCGUGAAGUACAAGGCCAUGAAACUGAGAAAUUUCUUUCUUAUUUUAAACCAUGUAUCAUACCUCAAGAAGGUGGAGUUGCAUCUGGGUUCAAGCAUGCAGAAGCUGAAGAGCACCAAACACGUUUGUACGUUUGCAGGGGAAAGCACGUUGUUCAUGUUAAAGAGGUUUCUUUUUCUCGGUCUUCUCUCAAUCAUGAUGACAUUUUUAUACUGGAUACGAAGUCUAAAAUUUUUCAGUUUAAUGGUUCCAACUCAUCUAUUCAAGAGAGGGCUAAAGCACUAGAAGUUGUCCAGUACAUUAAAGAUACUUAUCAUGGUGGAAAAUGUGAGAUAGCUGCCAUUGAGGACGGAAAAUUGAUGGCUGAUGCUGAAACUGGAGAAUUCUGGGGUUUUUUUGGUGGCUUUGCUCCGCUUCCAAGGAAAACAGCUAAUGACGAGGAUAAAGCUAUGGAUGCUCUUCCUACCAGGCUGUUUCGUGUUGAGAAUGGGAAGGCAGAACUUGUAGAGGCUGAGCCUUUGACACAGGAGUUGCUAAGCACAAAUAAAUGCUAUAUUCUAGAUUGUGGAGCAGAAGUUUUUGUGUGGAUGGGGAGGAACACCUCUCUUGAUGAAAGAAAAAGUGCAAGUGGAGCUACAGAAGAAUUAGUUCGUGGCCUUGAUCGACCAAAAUCUCAUAUUAUCCGUGUGAUCGAGGGAUUUGAGACAGUGAUGUUUCGGUCAAAGUUUGAUUCAUGGCCCGAGUCUACUGCUGCAGCUGUUUCUGAGGAUGGCAGAGGCAAGGUUGCCGCACUUCUAAAACGCCAAGGGGUUAAUGUGAAGGGUCUAUUGAAAGCGUCUCCUGCUAAAGAAGAGCCUCAACCGUAUAUUGACUGCACAGGAAAUCUGCAGGUUUGGCGUGUGAAUGGCCAAGAGAAGAUUCUCCUUCCAGCUUCUGAUCAGUCAAAAUUUUACAGUGGAGAUUGUUAUAUUUUUCACUAUUCAUAUCCUGGAGAAGAUAAAGAGGAAUACCUUAUUGGAACAUGGUUUGGGAAGCAGAGUGUUGAGGAAGAUAGAAGUUCAGCUAUAUCACAGGCAAGCAAGAUGGUCGAGUCAAUGAAAUUUUUGCCUGCUCAGGCUCGCAUCUAUGAAGGCAAUGAACCAAUCCAGUUCUUUUUGAUCUUUCAGAGCUUUAUCGUUUUUAAGGGUGGUCUUAGUGAUGGGUACAAGAAAUAUAUUGCGGAGAAGGAACUUCCAGAUGCAACAUAUACAGAGGAUGGAAUCGCAUUAUUUCGAGUUCAGGGGUCUGGACCUGAAAAUAUGCAAGCAAUUCAAGUUGAACCAGUGGCAUCAUCUUUAAAUUCCUCCUACUGUUACAUAUUACAUAGGAGCUCCUCUGUUUUUACGUGGUCUGGGAACCUGGCAAGCUCAGGGGACCAGGAACUUGUUGAGAGGCUACUGGAUCUGAUAAAGCCGGAUAUGCAGUCCAAACCACAAAAAGAAGGCUCAGAAUCUGAACUAUUUUGGGAAUUGUUAGGUGGGAAAUCUGAAUACCCCAGCCAGAAGAUUGGUAGGGAUGCUGAAAAUGAUCCUCACCUAUUCUCAUGCACCUUCUCAAAAGGAGAAUUGAAGGUGACUGAGGUAUACAACUACAAUCAAGAUGAUUUGAUGACUGAAGAUAUAUUCAUCCUGGAUUGUCGUUCAGAGAUCUUUGUCUGGGUUGGGCAACAGGUUGACUCCAAGGACAGAUUGCAAUCUUUAACUAUUGGGGAGAAAUUUCUUGAACGGGAUUUUCUUCUGGAAAAAUUAUCUCGUGAAGCUCCAAUAUAUAUUGUUAUGGAAGGGAGUGAGCCACCUUUCUUCAUACGUUUCUUCUCAUGGGACUCCGCAAAAUCUUCAAUGCAUGGAAACUCGUUCCAAAGGAAGCUUGCAAUAGUGAAAAAUGGGGGGACUCCAACUCUAGAUAAACCAAAAAGGAGAAUUCCCGUGCCAUAUGGAGGAAGGUCUGCUGUGGCAGCAGAGAAAUCACAGCGUUCUAGAAGCGUGUCUUUCAGCCCUGAUCGGGUACGUGUGAGAGGCAGGUCUCCAGCGUUUAAUGCUUUAGCUGCCAAUUUUGAGAGUCCGAAUACAAGGAACCUGUCAACUCCUCCCCCAAUGGUAAAGAAACUUUAUCCUAAAUCUGUGACUCCAGAUUCGGGAAAACUGGCCUCCAGAUCUGCAACUAUUGCAGCACUAACUUCGUCUUUUGAACAACCAGCUCGAGAAACUAUUAUACCUCGUUCUCUUAAAGUGAGCCCGGAGGCACCCAAAGCAAAAGCAGAGACAAACUCCAAGGAGAACUCUAUGAGCAGCAGAAUAGAAGCCCUAACCAUACAAGAAGAUGUCAAAGAGGAAGAAGCUGAAGAUGAUGAAGGGCUCCUAACAUACCCAUAUGAACGCCUUAAAGUUUUAUCUGCAGAUCCUGUCACAGAAAUUGAUGUAACCAAGCGAGAGACUUAUCUAUCUUCGGAAGAGUUCAGGGAGAAAUUCGGGAUGAAAAAGGAUGCUUUCUAUAAGUUGCCCAAGUGGAAACAGAAUAAGCUGAAAAUGGCCCUUCAAUUGUUCUGAGUGUUCUUGAUCAUUUGAUUUUCUACUUCAGCUUCCUGCAGUUUAGAUUGCUGAUGGAAAGAAGCAUGCUUGUAAAAUUUUGGAGGAAUCAGGUUCUCAAGUGUGAAAGGGACAGCAUCAGUGCAUUUUUAGCUGUUUAUGCUCCCAAGAAGCUUGUUUUCGUGACUGAUGGAUAAUUCCGAGAUGUUUCCUAUUUCUUUCCAUAUGGUGGUGUGGCUUAUUUAGCUUUUGUUUUUUUUUUUUCUUUCUUUUUUGAGUAGUUGCUUGGUGGUAUUCUUUACAAUCACAGGUUUGUUGUGAGAGCUUUCAUUUUUGUUUUUGUUUCCCCUUUUCAUUAUUUAACCAUUGAUUUCAAAAGAGCAAUUAGGGUUUGCGGAUUCAGAUAUUUUAGCUUGUAUUGUAUGAUCGAGGAUGAAAAGUGUGUAUAAAAGAGUGUAAUUCAAGUCCACUCAUUUGUUUUGGAAAUAAAUUGUGAUUCUUUUUUUUUUUUUCAA